GCAAUCUUUGUUUUACACCUCAUGAACUAUUUCAUGCGCAUAUGUACUUUUCUUAUAUAUACCAAUAAAAGCUUACAUUUGAUAAUGGCACAUGGUUGGAGAUAUGGUUGGUGAAUGCUACCAAUUACCGUCUUGGUUUUCUUUUGUAGGCCAUGACGCAGUGGCUAUAUACCGAAGAGGGGAUUGCCAAAAACAUGGCUUGAGCGAAACGCCGAAAUGAGGUCCGACUUUGACUCUUGAGGUGAUCGAUGAUGCUGAGUUUGUGUGACUCGUGUUCAUUUCCAUCGGCAUCUUUUUUAAAAAUCUCGUCCAAAACCCGGGCAUUGGUCAAGUGGAUUUUCUCUUUUGCUUUAUUUUUCAAUCUCAUUUUUAUCAUUGAUGCCUUCCAACACUAUACAGGAACUUGCCAAGUCGCUCGGCUAUGAUCUUUUGUCGGUGGACUUCGCCAAUGCGUUAGAUAAGCAGGACAAGCUGGCUCACUUCCGUGACGAGUUUGCUAUUCCUAUUCGUCGUCAGGUUUCAGGGGAUCAUCCUGUCGUAGCCAAUGAAUCGGAUCUCGAUGAACCUUGCACUUAUCUCUGUGGUAACUCGCUCGGUCUGAUGCCCAAGCGUGCCCGCAAACUUGUCGAACAGGAAUUUGAUGCCUGGGCUCAAUGCGGUGUGGAGGGUCAUUGGAACCAUCCUUACAAUAGACCUUGGGCAGUGAUUGAUGAAGCUGUCAAGGAUUCGCUUGCUCGAGUCGUUGGCGCCAAACCUAUUGAAGUGUCACCCAUGAAUACGUUGACCGCCAAUGUUCACUUUAUGUUGGUGUCAUUUUAUCGUCCCACUGAUACCCGUUUCAAAAUCCUUAUUGAGAGCAAGGCUUUCCCAUCAGAUCAUUACGCUGUGGUAUCGCACUUGCACUCCCGCGGUAUUGAUCCGGCGGUUGGACUUAUCACCGUGAGCCCUCGCGAAGGGGAAAGCACUUUACGCACGGAAGAUAUCAUUGAUGUCAUCCAAAAGAAUAAUGAUAUUGCCCUGGUGAUGUUGUCGGGUGUCCAAUAUUACACUGGUCAAUAUUUCGAAAUGGAGAAAAUUACAAAGGCAGCUCAUGACGCGGGUUGCAUGGUUGGAUGGGAUUUGGCUCACGCUGUAGGCAAUGUGCCAUUGAAGUUGCAUGAUUGGAACGUCGACUUUGCAUGCUGGUGCUCGUACAAAUACUUGAAUUCCGGCCCGGGCGCUAUUGCCGGGACUUUCAUUCACGAAAAAUACGCACAUGAUUCUACCCGUCCAAGAUACGCUGGUUGGUGGGGUAAUGAAAAAUCCACUCGAUUUGAGAUGGCUCCAGAAUUCCGCCCUAGCGAAGGUGCUGCCGGUUAUCAGUUGAGCAACCCGAGCAUUUUCCCUACGACCUGUUUGUUGGGUUCGCUGCAAUUAUUCGAUGAAGCUGGCAUGGAUCAGUUACGUGCCAAGUCCGUUUUGCUGACAAGUUACCUCGAGACAUUACUGCUCACCGUGUUGAAAGACCAUCAGGAAGCCGGCCAUUUCCGUAUCCUUACUCCGGUCGACCCGGAACAGCGUGGUUGCCAGUUGUCAUUGGAAUUCCCCGAGAAAAUGUUGCAAGUGUUUGCCGCAUUGCAAGCACGUGGUGUGGUGUGUGACGAACGAAAGCCUACUGUUAUUCGUAUCUCACCGGCACCCCUUUACAAUUCAUUUAAUGAUGUCCUUCGCGUUGUCACCUGUCUGAAAGAAGCCAUGAACGAGAUUUUUAAAUAGAGUGGAUGCUGAAUUCAUUUAUGUACGACUUUAAUAAAAACAAGCGAUCUCAAGCGUA